CUUUAGAUAUAACCUAGUUUUUGGUGAAACAAAAGGAUUUCCUGAUUUUUGAUCUGUUACUAUCUAGAGGUUUACAGAAAUUUAAAAGCAAUUCAUUGCAUCGAAAUAACAUUCAAGAGUUUUCAGAGCCCUACUAUGUAACCAGUCAAUUCAGUAAUGGCACUGCUUGAACGGAAAUGGCCAAAUUUGGAUCGGUACGCACACAGUCAUAAGAUUGACAUCGAUGUAAUCAGAGGAAGUUAUCCUGGCGAACUGAGCCCUCACCACAGACAUUGAAGGGAAAUACCAAACGGAAUUCAUCAAAGUGGAGACAGCAGGUAAGAACUUUUUAUUAUAUGCUGCGAAUUGUCGACAAAUGCACAUGCUCCAACAGUGUAUGCAUUAGGCGCAAUCGUUUAAUUGACCAACACGACAUCGUUAAAUUGAAUAAUUUUAAUUUGUCAUGUUGGUCUCUCAUUUUUAAGCGACGGUUGCUAUUCUUUGUAGUCAUUUUCAUACCGAGCGAAUAAGUGGCGCAACCGUCCAUUUUAUAUUUUUUUAAAUUCAUAUUUUGUAAAUUAAAACCGAAAAGUGAAACGCACACGAAGGGAAUAAAAGCGUUUAUUCUCGUAUUGAUUUUAUUUAAUUUCGAUCUGCGAUAGGAAAAUAAAUUUAAAAUGAUUUUUUUUUUGUAAAACUAGCAAUCAAAAUGAGUUUUUCAAGUACCCCGCUCUUAUUUAUAAAAAUAGCUUAUGUUCACUCAUGCACAGCUUUAAUGCCCGCGCAACCGUGAAAAGAUUUUUUUUAAAUUUCAAUCUGUUAACGUAUUAGUUGCGAAUGAAUUUUCUCCCAUUUCUAGUCCGACCCGCAUUUUGUAAAUUUGGCAAUUAAAAUUGUUUGUUUUUUUCUUGUCACGUCUACAUGUUUACAGAUAGAAAUUUGAGAAUCUGUUAUUCUGUUUGAGCGUUAAAAAUGUUUAUUUGCAUGCACAGUAAAAUUUUCUCAAAGAAAUUCCCACCCUUAAAUGAAUUGGAGUCGAACAAAUUUCCUCCCAUCCCCUUUGUAAAAUCCUGCGCGAAUAAAAAAAUGGCAUUAUUUUUAUUAAUGAUGAACGAGGUGUAUCCUUUUAGGGUUUACAUUAAGUAAAAUCGGUGAAAUUUAAAAAUUAAAGCAAUUUUUAUAUCUGGCAAUCAAAAUGGGUUUAUCACGUCCCCUGACCUUAUUUGUAUCGGACAGACAAGCGAAUUUUUCUGGACGAUUGCUCAAUUGAAAUGCGGUUUACAGCUUUUUCCACUGGGGAUUUUUGGAGCUAUUUGUCACUCCUAUUCGGUGAUGCCCAUGAGGAAAAAGUUGAAACCGGCGCUUGUAACUGAAGCUGCUGCCCACACUCGUUUAACUCGUUGGACAUCCCGCUCACGAUCUUGGCGCUCCAUAAGUUAACUGCUGGCCCUUAACUCUUGGUUCAACAUCGUCCGACGAAGACGACAGCCAGCGAAAGGUGAGUGCAUUUGCAUUAUUGUUGAAUGCGGUAGUAGUUUAUUUAUCUAUUGGUGAGGACAUGUGUGUUUUCCGGCGGUUUGCAUUUUUAACCAGCUGUGUCUAUAUUCACAAAUUGAAGUAAAGGUUUAUUGUCGUUUCGUAACGGGUUACGCAGCUUGAGGAAUGACGUGACACCAGUAGGUGAGGGGCGUCACGUAAACUCGGGGAAUACCCUAGGGGGUCGCCAUAUUCCCUGAACACACAAUUUUUUCACAGCGCUAAAAAAAUUAAAUACACUAAAAAAUCACCAGUAAAAAAAGCUGUAAGACACACACACACACAAAAACACUAUUUAUCUAUUACUCUGCUAUAUUUUUCAGACCAUUGGCCAGGCUGCGUCAUCAGACGGUGUUUUUUAUAAAUCCCAGCAGAAAUUGCAACAUUAGUGCGCGAUAUUUUAAUUAUUUAAUUCGUAUCGUGGCGUUGAAGAGAUUUCAACAACGGAAAAUGGAGUCUCUAGCUGGCGAAGGUACACUGGGAGAUGAAAAGCAGCAAGUGAACGAGGAAUUGUUGCUGAAGCAGAUUACAGAUCUCGUUAUCAACCAACGAUUGUUGUCUGGUAAGGCCAACGCAGAGGAUAGAAUAGUGAAUUUUAUUCAUCCCGAAGAACUUAAGGAGUUGGUGGAUCUCUCGCUAGGUGGCAGCGCUUUAAAUCACGUUCAAAUUUUGGAACUUUGUAAACAAGCUGUGGAAUAUAGUGUCAAAACCAACCAUCCGAAGUUUCUGAAUCAGUUGUAUCAUGCAUGCGAUCCUGUUGGACUUGCAGGAGCCUGGCUGACUGAAGCUCUCAAUACCAACUUGCACACAUUUGAAGUAGCACCAUUUUUCCUGAUGGUCGAAUGUGCAGUCUUAGCACACCUAAGAGGUUUCGUUGGGUGGGAAGAUGGUGAUGGAAUAUUUGCCCCUGGAGGUAGCAUUUCAAAUAUGUAUGGGAUAGUUCUUGCUCGUUACAAGAAGUUCCCUGAAGUUAAAACAAAAGGAGUGGGCAACAUAGGUGAAUUGGUGGCAUUUACUUCGGAAGAGAGUCAUUAUUCUUUGGCCAAAGCAGCUCAUUGGAUUGGCUUGGGAACUGACAAUCUUAUCAUUGUCGCCUCUGACAGCUCUGGAAAAAUGAUACCCGCUGAAUUGGAAAAUAAGGUUGUCAAAGCCCUGGAACAGAAGAAAGUUCCUUUUUUCGUCAACGCAACAGCUGGGACCACAGUUCUAGGAGCUUACGAUCCUUUAGAGCCUUUGGCGCUCGUAUGCAAAAAAUAUGACGUUUGGCUUCACGUCGAUGCUGCUUGGGGCGGAGGCGCACUAGUCUCUCAGAAAUACCGUUUCUUGAUGGACGGCAUAGAAUUGGCUGAUUCUGUGACUUGGAAUCUUCACAAAAUUCUCGGGGCCCCUUUACAAUGUUCAGCUUUCUUAACGAAACACAAGGACAAAGAUAUUCUGAAUCGAUGCAACAGUGCCUCGGCCACCUGUCUGUUCCAGACAGAUAAAUUCUAUGAUGUGCGCUACGAUAUUGGUGAUAAGAGCGUUCAGUGUGGCCGCAAGGUAGACGCUUUCAAACUGUGGUUAAUGUGGAAAGCUCGUGGCGAUCGAGGUCUUGAAGAAAUGGUUGAUAAUGCCUUUGAAUGCGCCGAGUAUUUCUCACGUCAAAUCGCUCAACGUUCAGAAUUUCGGCUAGUCCUUUCAGAACCUAAUUGCACGAACGUUUGCUUUUGGUACAUUCCACAUCAGUUGAGGAAUUGUCAGGAAUCUCCCGAAUGGUGGGAACAAAUUUCCAAGGUUGCGCCUGCAAUAAAGAAACGAAUGGUGGAGAAAGGAUCUCUCAUGAUUGGCUACCAACCUUUGCCGCAUAAGAAUUUAGUCAACUUUUUCCGUUUAGUCAUCCCUUGUCAGCCCCGUCCUACUCACGAAGAUAUGGAUUUCGUAAUGGACGAAAUUGAAAGAUUGGGAUGCGACUUGUAAAACCUCCCAACUAAAUCUUCCUUUGCCGGACAGUAUCUUUUUAAAAUUGGAAACAACAUCAAUAGAGCAAAAAUAUGUUAUCGAUGUUGCUAGACGGCAAAGUCCUUUUUUUCCUCUUGACUUUCAAGAGGGUCCUGGGGAGGAGUGUUAUUAGGGCGGGUCUUUGGUCUACUUGGGAAUCGUGCAAAUUUUACUUUGAUCUUUUCUGUGGUGGGUUUUUCGUGGUUUGGAUUUAGGGAAGCAACAAUUUAACUAAUUUUGCUUUGGAUAUAAUCUAGUUUUUGGUAAAACAAUAGAAAACAUUUUACUUGUCUUGUAGUGAAAAUGUCCUGAUUCUUGAUCUGUUACUAUCUGUCUCCUGUUGAUGCCACCACAAGCAGGACUAAUCUAUUACGCCGAAAGAACAAGUGACAACCGAUGCUCGCUGCUCUGAAUAGGAAACGUUUGCAGCUAAUAAUUCUACUACAACUUAAGGACUUGGUAAUGUUUUAAUUUGCGAGGUGAGUCAUAGUAUCACGUCACUCUCACAGUAUUUUAAUCAAAAUUGCUGAAAGUCAGUUUCAAAUUUUGCAUUGGAAAAAAAUAAAAUAUCUAAAGACCAGGCACCAGGCAGAGAAAAGAACCGGGUUUUUACUGUUUUCCAGUUUGUUUAAAAAAUAAAAUUGGCAUCGCUGCUUUCCGGUUCUC